UAUUUCGACAGAUACGAUUUGUGCUUUCACGUCGAUCGCGUUUAGCGCGUCGAUCGGCAAUAGUGUUUUUCAAACUUGUUUUUCAAGCUGUGAUGCGAACAAAUAGUUCAGUGCCGAAAGGCGAGCAAUCAUUCCAUGAUUUUGUGCCGCUUGUGGAAUCAUGAAAGUUACCGACUUUUUGCGAAUCAUCGCAAUUGCGACUGUUCUAUCGAUCCAAGCGUCCGAAGGACUCAUUCGGAAAUGCUUCUCGUGUCGGUCACGCGGAGACCGAGGUGAUUGCAAGGAUCCGUUUCGUGUGAAUCAAACAUUGGUAAUUGAGGAUCAAGAGUACCAACGUCAAGUUGGGAUUAAAGCCAUUCCUUGUGCUUCCGGUUGGUGUGGGAAAAUCCUCGAAGGAGGAGGUGACAAAGACGAUUUUGAUCAGGCGACCCAACGGAUCUGCCUGCAGCGGCCUCCGUCGGACGCCGAGGAACGUUGCUCCGAAACGUUGGUGGGUCCUUACCGACGGGUGUUCAUGUGCUUCUGCCGUGGGGACUUGUGUAAUUCGUUGGUAUCCGACAUAAUCCCUGUGUUCCUCGGUGCGAUUAAGAUGGAAAAGAUUAAGUGUGGACCCGUUGUCGAUGUAUUGGGCGAUGAGAUGACCAGAUUGAUGAACUUGAUGAAAAUUUUUCCGUUCAGGAUUAUCUGGACGUCCAUCAAGGAUAAGCUGAUCUUGCCCUACAUCGAUUGCGAAUUGCAUGUGUUCGAUCUGGGAAUCGAAAAUCGUGACGCGACCAGUGAUCAAGUGACGAUUGAAUGUGCCAAAGCCAUUCAGAAAUACCACGUCGGGAUCAAAUGUGCGACCAUCACCCCGGAUGAAAAGCGCGUGGAAGAAUUCAAGCUGAAGGAGAUGUGGAAGAGCCCAAAUGGUACAAUUCGCAACAUUCUCGGAGGAACGGUGUUCCGUGAGGCCAUCAUUUGCAAGAAUGUUCCUCGUUUGGUUACUCCGUGGACGAAGCCGAUCAUCAUUGGUCGUCAUGCUCACGCUGAUCAGUACAAAGCAACUGAUUUUGUUGUGCCUGGACCGGGGAAAUUGGAGAUUAAGUGGUCGCCUGAAGCCGGCGGCGAAGGAAUCGAGCGUGUCAUUCAUGAAUUCACCGAUGGCGGUGGAGUCGCUCUUGGCAUGUUCAAUACGGAUUCCUCCAUCAAGGCAUUCGCUCAUUCGUCAUUCAAGUACGCCCUGGAUCGUGGCUACCCGCUUUACAUGUCGACCAAGAACACGAUCUUGAAACGCUACGACGGACGCUUUAAGGACAUCUUCGAGGAUAUCUACGAAAGGGAGUACAAAGCAGCGUUUGAGGAGAAGGGAGUCUGGUACGAGCACCGCCUCAUCGACGACAUGGUGGCGUAUGCCAUGAAGAGCGAAGGCGGCUUUGUCUGGGCCUGCAAGAACUACGACGGGGACGUACAGUCAGACUCGGUGGCCCAGGGUUACGGAUCUUUGGGUAUGAUGACAUCCGUCCUUCUUUGUCCUGACGGCCGAACAGUGGAAGCCGAAGCUGCUCAUGGAACAGUGACACGUCACUACAGGGUGCAUCAAAAGGGUGGUGAAACAUCGACGAAUCCUAUCGCUUCCAUUUUCGCCUGGACCCGUGGUUUGCUCCACCGCGCCAAGUUGGAUAACAACCCAAAGUUGGAAAGCUUUUGCCACAAACUGGAACAAGUUUGCAUAGAGACUAUCGAAGCCGGAUAUAUGACCAAAGAUUUGGCCAUUUGCAUCAAAGGAAUGGCAGGCGUGAAGCGAGAAGACUACUUGGAGACCUUCGCAUUCAUGGACAAGUUAGCCGAAGGCUUGAAAAAGAAAAUGAUGGACUGACUUUAUGCCAAAAUGUGAACAAAGUUAUAGCGUGAAAACGUCGCAGUUUUCUCAGGGCCCGCUUUCCCAAAUAUUAUCAUUCCCCCAACAUUUCUGUCUGCACAAUUCAACAUACCAAUGAAAGCACGUUUUAAUACUCGUCUGAAUGAAGCAAACUUUCCAUAUACACUCGAUCAACCUGUGAUUUUUGAAUGCUUUCUUUAGCCAGUGGGAGAGGAACUACAGGAUUAUGGAUUUUUCGGGUUCAACCGGGGAACAUGAAGUGGAAUUGGAAUAAAAAUGUCCAUCCAAA